CGAAACAAAGCACGAACAAGCUAAUCUCUUGACAUAGAAACAUAAAUAAUGGGUGACCAAAGUAAUGAAAGCUCUGCUGCAUGCUUCGAAGAAUCCCUUGUGAAGAUGCCAACGAUAAAGUUCACCAAGCUCUUCAUCAAUGGAGAAUUCGUCGAUUCUGUUUCAGGAAACACAUUCGAGACGAUAGCUCCAAGUACUGGAGAGGUGAUAACAAGAGUGGCGGAAGGAGAUAAGGAAGACGUAGAUUUGGCCGUGAAAGCUGCACGCGCCGCCUUUGACCAUGGUCCCUGGCCUCGCUUCUCCGGCGCUAAAAGGGGAGCAAUUAUGCUGAAGUUUGCGGACUUGGUUGAUGAACAUAACGAAGAACUAGCCAAAUUGGAUACUGUUGAUGCUGGGAAGUUGUUCAGUUUUGGCAAAGCUUUCGACAUACCUCAAGUAGCACAAUCGCUACGUUACUAUGCCGGUGCAGCUGAUAAAAUUCAUGGAGAUGUGCUCAAAAUGUCGCGCGAGUUUCAAGGUUACACAUUACUUGAACCCAUCGGAGUUGUUGGACACAUCAUUCCAUGGAACUUCCCCAGCAUCCUGAUGUUCGCAAAGGUUGCUCCUUCAUUGGCAGCUGGUUGCACCAUGGUCGUCAAACCUGCCGAGCAAUCACCUCUUUCGGCGCUUUAUUAUGCUCAUCUCGCUAAGUUGGCUGGUGUUCCUGAUGGAGUGCUCAAUGUCAUCAAUGGAUAUGGAGAGACUGCUGGUGCUGCCAUAACCCAUCAUAUGGACAUUGACAAGGUCAGUUUUACUGGUUCAACGGAGAUCGGGCGUGAAGUGAUGCGGGCUGCGGCAAACAGCAAUUUAAAAGCAGUUUCACUUGAACUAGGGGGCAAGUCACCCAUGUUAAUAUUUGAUGAUGCUGAUGUUGACAUGGCUGUUGAGCUUGCGCUCUUUGGAAUCCUGUUUAACAAGGGAGAAGCUUGCGUGGCGAGUUCUCGUGUUUUUGUUCAGGAAGGGAUCUACGACGAACUCGUGAAGAAGUUGAAAGAGAAGGCGAAAGAUUGGACUGUUGGGGAUCCCUUCGAUCCUAAUGUUCGUCAAGGACCUCAGGUAGAUAAAACGCAGUUUGAGAAAAUCUUGUCCUACAUUGAACAUGGAAAAAGACAGGGUGCAACUUUGUUAACAGGGGGAAAACCUGUGGGAAACAAAGGCUAUUACAUUGAGCCAACAGUAUUUACUGAUGUCAAGGAUGACAUGCUUAUAGCCACAGAUGAGAUAUUUGGACCUGUCAUGUCACUAAUGAAGUUUAAGACGGUCGAGGAGGGAAUAGAGAGAGCUAACAAAACCAAGUAUGGGCUAGCAGCCGGAAUUAUAACCAAGAACAUCGAUGUGGCCAACACCGUCUCAAGAUCAAUCCGGGCAGGCACUAUAUGGAUCAACUGCUACAUGGCUAUCGAAAACGAUGUCCCUUUUGGAGGAUAUAAGAUGAGUGGUUUUGGAAGAGACUUUGGUCUGCAGGGCCUUCACAAGUAUCUGCACACUAAAUCUGUCAUCACUCCCAUUUAUAACUCUCCAUGGCUCUAAGUCAUUUUUUUUAGGGGAAUAUAAGAUCCAAGGAUUAAGUCAUAUUUCGAAAGUGUUACUGUGUUGGCGACUGCAGUUCCGGUGGACAAUAAGUUUUUCCUCUA